GGGCCCGCGGCCGGCGGGGCCAUGAACUUCUCCGAGGUGUUCAAGCUCUCCAGCCUGCUCUGCAAGUUCUCCCCGGACGGAAAGUACCUGGCUUCCUGUGUCCAGUACCGGUUAGUGGUCCGGGAUGUGAACACCCUUCAGGUCCUUCAGCUGUACACAUGCCUGGACCAGAUCCAGCACGUGGAGUGGUCGGCAGACUCUCUCUUUAUCCUGUGUGCCAUGUACAAGCGCGGGGUUGUGCAGGUCUGGUCUUUGGAGCAGCCAGAAUGGCACUGCAAAAUAGAUGAGGGUUCAGCAGGGCUGGUCGCCUCGUGCUGGAGCCCGGACGGGCGCCACAUUCUCAAUACAACCGAAUUCCACCUGCGGAUAACCGUCUGGUCCUUGUGCACAAAGUCUGUAUCUUACAUCAAAUAUCCUAAAGCUUGUCAGCAGGGAAUAACCUUCACCAGGGAUGGCCGCUACAUGGCGUUGGCAGAACGGCGGGACUGCAGAGACUGCGUGAGCAUCUUUGUCUGCAGCAACUGGCAGCUCCUGAGGCACUUUGAUACGGACACCCAGGAUCUCGCAGGGAUUGAGUGGGCCCCGAAUGGCUGUGUGCUGGCGGUGUGGGACACCUGCUUGGAGUACAAGAUUCUGCUGUACUCCUUGGACGGCCGAUUGUUGUCAGCAUACUGUGCGUACGAGUGGUCCCUGGGCAUCAAGUCUGUGGCCUGGAGCCCCAGCAGCCAGUUCCUGGCGGUCGGGAGCUAUGAUGGAAAGGUGCGCAUCCUUAAUCAUGUGACUUGGAAAAUGAUCACAGAGUUUGGGCAUCCUGCGACCAUUAAUAACCCCAAGGCAGUUGUAUAUAAAGAAGCAGAGAAGAGCCCGAGGCUGGAGCUGGGCCGCCUCUCCCUCCCACGGCCCAGAGCAGGGGUCAGCCCCACUGCCAGCAUGGAGAGCAAAUAUGAGGUUGCUUCUGUGCCAGUUUCCUUGCAGACUCUGAAACCUGUUACUGACAGAGCAAACCCUAGAAUUGGCAUAGGAAUGUUGGCUUUUAGUCCUGACAACUACUUUCUGGCGACGAAGAACGACAGUGUCCCCAAUGCCGUCUGGGUCUGGGACGUGCAGAAGCUGAGAUUGUUCGUGGUGCUUGAGCAGCUCUCUCCAGUGCGCUCGUUUCAGUGGGACCCGCAGCAGCCACGGCUGGCCGUCUGCACGGGAGGCAGCAAGGUCUACUUGUGGUCCCCGGCAGGCUGUGUGUCGGUGCAGGUGCCUGGAGAAGGUGACUUUCCGGUGCUUUCUCUGUGCUGGCAUUUAAGUGGGGACUCAUUGGCCCUCCUCAGUAAGGAUCAUUUCUGUCUCUGUUUUCUGGAGACCGAGGAGGGGGUUGGCACAGCUUUCACACAACUGGAUGGCCACACGUAGAAUCAGUGCAAAGCUGUGCCUAUGCGGACACGGAAGCAGGCCACUCUGUGGUUCCAGCGUGGGGGAGGAAUGAGGCUUCCCUGGGAAGUUCUCCAACAGUGAUGGUCCAGAUCCAGUGAUCUGGUUUUAUUUUUCUAUAGCAAGGCAUUUUUGUAAAUACGUAUGGUAUAUAAAGGUGUAACUUUUAUUAUUUAAAAUAAAUAUUUGCUAAUUCAUAAAA